AUGACGUCCAAACGGGCACCUCCCCCCCCGUCAAUCUGGCACGGCGUGAUCGAAUCUACCCUCAACCACGGUCGCCUUCCGUCGCGCCCUGUACGUAACCCCCCCACUCCUCCAGGCCCUCCGCCACCACUCCUGCAGGACGCCCCGAUGCGCUCCCCAUCGCGUUCCCGGUCACCGUAUUCACGCUCCCCAUCGCGUUCCCGGUCACCGUAUUCGCGCUCCCCAUUGCGUUCCCGGUCACCGUAUUCGCGCUCCCCAUUGCGUUCCCGGUCACCGUAUUCACGCUCCCCAUCGCGCUCCCGUUCGCGCUACCCCUCGCGUUCCGCUUCCCCCUCGCCCUCACCGCCGAACCAUUCUCCCCUCCCACCCUUGCCCGGCCCCACCCACACUCGCUAUUUCCCAGCCUCCAGUCCCGGCGACGAACACCUCGGCCCGCAUUUCCGCCGCUACGGCGAUCGUCUUGUUUACGAGACGUCCUUGGUUCUGGCCAACGUAUACUGGAUCUCGCCCGGUUGUUGGGGAUACGACUUCAUCCACCCCGACGAACCCUGGCUCGCCCCCCUUCGACGAAACGAGAACAACCUCUUUCCGUGGCAAAAGGUUCUGGCGCAGGAUUUCUGGCGCCAGUCGCCCCCCGAUUGGUCGUUUGCAGCCCCGGACGCUCUGGCGGCGCUGGAUCAUACAACAUGGAGUCCCACCACUGCCGGCCUCCACCCGAAUCACCUCGACGCCACAUCCCUUGUCUUCGGCCCUGGCCGACCCCUCACUGCCCGUCACGUCCGCGGUGGCCGUCCCCCCCCUAACAAGCGCCAACGCACUCGCUAA